GUUUAUGUGUGGAGUCACUUUGUGUUCAAGCUCUCUGUACUGUGUUCACUUCAACAAACAGAAAAAAAGCUAGUCAAAUGUGAGAAAAAAGACUAGCAUCUCGAUUCUGGCCAUGCUAACAACCACUUUUAUAUUCUUCAGGUACAAUCAUGAGACAAAACUAUACCCAUUUGAUUGAUCUUAUAGUAAACAGACAUUUACAUAGAUAAGAGAAAGUUGCAAUAGGUUUUAAUUAAGGAAAAUGUGCUGGGCUUCUACAGGGAACAAAAGUUUGCAAUGGGAGAGAAGAAUUACAAGCUAAUGGAGAAACUGCCAACAAGAGAAUAGUUCAGCACUUUCAGAAAAGCCAUGGCCUAUGUAACGCCAAGGUCUAAGGGUCUACCGUGGCGCAAGGACUCGCUAUAUGUAGCACCUCCACGAGGAGUGCACCUCCGAGCUGCGUGGGCUGCACUCAUCCUCGACGCAUCUCAAUUUCAGAUUCAGCAUGGCAAGAUGGCAGCCAGACUCAAUAUAUCUUCCAAACUCUUCCUUUCCAUCAGGACCUUUGUCUUUGCCUCCAGAACUUGAUAUAAGAUCCACUGUUGCACCUCCUAUAUAUAGGCCCCUGACAGCAAGUGCUGUAAAUGAAGACAUCAUCCUGCUUGCUGAAUUUUCUGAGAUCGAGGGCCCAAUGCCACUACUGACAAUCCCACAGUGUCAGCCAUCCCACUUGGACUUAAAUGACUUUGUAGUGAAAGUGAUGUCAACAGAUUACUUAAACACAAGUGGGGAGUUUCGUGUAUGUGCAGAUACCCAAAUGGUGCAACAGGAUAUAGAGCCUGGUAUACAUGUAUAUGUACAUUAUUUCACUCUCUAUGAUGUAAGAGCACGAGGAUUUGUUAGACCCAUGUGUCUGUCAUACAUAUCCUCUGACUCGAGGAAACUUAUCCAUUACUUCUCACAUCUACGAUUGCUUUUUAGUAAGGCAACCAAAUAUUUGAAGUUGAGCAACCUCACUCGAUUCACAAAUGAAAUGCAGGACCUUAUUACAGAUCUUGAAUACACAAAGGACCGAUAUAUCCAAGUUCAAAGGCAGUUUUCAAUUGGUAUGGAAUCCAGCCCAUUACCUCAAGAGAUGGCAAAAACUCCAGAAGAGAUACUAACCAUUCCACAGUUGUGCACCAGAGAUGCUGACCAAACUAAAGUACAAAGAGCAGUAAGAGAAAUAUUUAGUACCACAGCAGCCACAGGGAUUCCCCACUACAAUGGGGUUUUAGAAGAGGCCGUUCCCACAAGUUUGGGUCCUCUAAGUUCAGACAAUAAAGACCUAGAGGCAGCAGGACAAAAACAAUCCACUUCAAGUAUGAGAUCUCAGACCCCAGUAUCUUGCAACCUGUUAAAACCAGAUGAUGAUGAAGAAGCACUGUUAAAACACACAUCACUGGAAGCUGUUGCUAUGCAGCUUAUGGAGUGCCAGCAUAUUAUGGAUAUUGUAAAACCUCAUAUGGACAAAAAGGAUAUUGAAGAAGACCUUGCCUGUCUUGCAGACCAGAUCCGAUCAAAGCCCCAGUCGCCCCUUUAUAAGGCCAUGUCCAAGUUGUCUAUGCUUGAUGAUGCCAAAGAGAAAACUAAACCAGCCAUAUGUGUUCUGUCACUGAUGAAAAGAAAUUUCCGUGAUAUGCGUUCUGUGCAGCUUUUGUGUGGUGUGGGGUACAUCACAUGUCUUAUAAAGCUGCAGUCAAUUCAUGAAAGGUUUAGUAAGCCUUUCAUAACUUUGAUAUUUGAAGAUCUAGAUCGAGAAAUUCAUGAGAAUCCCUUUGGUUCCUUAUUUGUUGGCAAUAUUCCCAUCAUUAAUGGUGUCAAAUUGAAAUGUAAUAGCCCAUCAGUGAAGCCAAAGUCAUAUUCAGCACUCUGCUGGGAUGAACACUUUGUUCAAUUUCUGGGUGGUGAGGCAUCGCAUGAGGCAACACCAGAUUCUGAGUACUCAGAUGCCUUUGAUUUGCCCAAAGAUGGUCCUGAUGUGGCUGCAGCGGCAGAUUGUCUUGAGGUAUUUCCAGUAAUGAGAGCAUCUGACAGUGGCACAGCCAGGCAAGCAGAGAGGAAGGAAAGCCUGGCUAAGGCUUCAGAGAAUAAGGAAAACCUGGAGUCAAAGUCUGAGCUGCCUUUACUUGAUGAAAGACAAGCAGAUGAUAACAUAGGGGCCAGUGAGUCCAAUCAACAGGAUUUGAGUCAAGUAGAUGGAGGUUAUGUUGGUGGAAGUCAGCAUAGCAACAGCAGUGGCAGCAGCUGGGCCUCGCUGAUUCCAGAUCUAGCAGGAUUUGAGGAGAUUGAAGAGGAAGAAGAAGUGCAAGAGGAUAUAGCUAUGGCACUUGGAGAAGAACUCAUAACCUAUGUUGGCAUUAGAGAACGAAUGAUUGCAAGUAAAGUGUGUCGUCUUUCUGGGCUAGUACAGCAGUUUUGUGGAGUGUCACACUGUCUCAUUCACUCACUGCUGUCGGGAAGACCUGUUGUCCUUGCUGCAGCUGACCAGUAUCGCUCUUUGGUAAUGCUGUAUGUGCGGGCACUAUCUACUUUACUUCCACGUUCGCCACGACAAAAACUGCCCAUAUUAAGGUGGCACACUGGCACCAUCACAAGUUUUCAUAUUCAGCAUUACCGUGUGGUAGGGCUGUGUAUCCCAGAGAGACUUCACGUUCAGGAUCUCAUGUCUAAUUCUACACUGAAUCAAGUCACAGUUCUGAAUAUUGAAACUGGCCACAUAUCAGGGGUAGCAUACAGUGGAACUCUGGUACGAGGAGUGGAACAAUACGGCCGCAGACUGUUUCACUCCAACUCAGCACUUCAGGCAGCUUUACAAGCAAUUCUGGUUACUUUGGGCUUAAAGAUAUAUUUGUUAUACCAUCUUCUUGAGACUACUGAUCGUAGUGCCAAUGACAUACUGAAGGGAAUAGGAAUAGCCAAAGGGGACUGGGACAUUAUCAGAUAUUUAACUGGCUUAAUACAGUCACAGCUGAAAACUGCAUAAAGUUAACCUGAUGGCAAAUUAGUACUUAAUUUAGUAUGAUAAAAUUAUAUAUCAAUGAGUGAAGAAUACUUCCAUUACCACGUUAAAGUAUUUCAGGAAUUAAUGUGAUGAUAAUUUAUUUACACAGAUAUGAUUGUAUAUAUACUUUUGGAUGUGUUCAUUGUUUAUUGGUUUAUAUAUUUGUUAAAGAAAAAUUUAAGAGUUAUUGUUAAAUAAAUUUAUGUGUAUGACAGAUUUUUCAUGCCGUUUCUGUGACCAUUGAUAAUCAUAGUGAGUUUAUUUAUUGAAUAUUCAGUAUUGUAUUUCAUAUAGUGCUGGUAUUGUAAUAGCCAAAGUUAAAAUGUGAUAAUCUACAUAUUUUCAGUAUUUUUUAAGUAGAAUAUAGACCAUCAUUCCAAAAUGUUAUGCAGCUUCUUGUAUAUAUUAAUUUAUAUUGUCUGAAUAUAUGUAUGUAUUGUAUCUAAAUAACACUUUUCCAGUUUGGUAAAUUGGUUUUCUGUUCAUGCUUGAAAGGAUAUGUAAUCAGAAUUGUAUUGAAAUAUCACUGAAUUCUUAUUAAUAUUUGAGUUUAGAUGUGCUCCUUUUUUUUUCUUUUUAUUUCAUUUUGAGACAAUAUUGGAAUCAAGUGGUUUACUUCACCCAAUUGUCAUCAUCUCUUGAAUGACUCAUUACAUGAAGCUGACACCACUUUCAGGGCAGUGCCUACCUCUCUAAAUAAAACCUGAUAUAUAUCUGAUACCUCUGUGAUUUCUAGAAAUAGUUAAGAGCCAAUCGACUCUAAGCAUAGUGUUGGGUAUAAAGGACAAAACAGUCUUUUAGUGUUAAAAGAUUGUUGAAGUUAGGUCGUAUGUAGCAUCACUAUGUAGAAGAAUUGCCUUUGAUGACUCCAUUCAAAGGUUACUUAAUUCAAAAUAAAAUGAGGGAAAACUUGUAUUGAAACUUCAUAUAAUUAUUGGUAAAAACUCUUAUGCAAAGAUAACAUAUCAGAGUUUUGCAGUCUUUAAUUCAGGAAGUGAGAAAAAAAUAUUUUUAUAUGGAAACUUAAAUGUUUAGAUAUGAAACACAUUGAAGGUAUAGGUCUAAUAGAAAAAAAAUUACAGUAAUGAUUAUUAUUUUUUACUGUAUUUUACACAACCCAUAACAAUAAAAAAAAAAAAAAAAAAAAAACAAUUGCACAAAA